AUGAAUCAUCACGUGGAAUUCCCAAGGCGAAUUCCCCUACAGUCUUCCCGUCAAUCUCAGAGACCGUCAGACUCACCGCACACCACCGUAGCCACUGCUGUCGCUUCCCUUUCCCUCGCUGUGGCCAUGGCGACCGCGUCUCUCUCCGCGCAGAGCGCUUCGAGGUUGUCGUUUUCCAGCAGCGCGUUGACCGGCUGCUGCUCACAGCUCAAGGCGGUUAGCCUUGUCGCUGCCAAGCCACAGUUCAGCGAGAAUGGCCGGCUCGCCGUGAGAUGCGCCGGAAAGGGCGGGUUCAUUCCCGCGGAGCACCGGUGGAUGUACGAGGGCAUUGAGAACAAGGGACCGGACGAGUGGAACCGCACGUACUACCCCAAGGAGGCGGACCAUCUGAACGUGGAGAAGCAGUGGUACAUCGUGGAUGCGGCGGACAAGCGCCUGGGCCGCCUCGCCUCCACCAUCGCGAACCACAUUCGCGGCAAGGACCAGCCCACGUACACGCCGUCCGUCGACAUGGGUGCUUAUGUCAUCGUGGUGAACGCGGAGAAGGUUGCGGUGACGGGCAAGAAGCGCGCGCAGAAGAUUUACAGGCGGCACUCGGGGCGGCCGGGCGGGAUGACGGAGGAGACGUUCGACCAGGUGCAGGCGCGCAUCCCCGAGCGCAUCGUCGAACAUGCCGUGCGGGGCAUGCUGCCCAAGGGCCGGUUGGGCCGCCGCCUAUUCACACACCUCAAGGUCACCGCUGGCGCCGGCAAUACCCCUUGUCCUGCACUUGAAGCCGCGGCAGUAGCGGGUGAUGCAGGAAGCGGGAGCGGCGGAGAUGGCGGAUUUAGCGCGGGGACGAGUGGCGGAGAAGGUGACGGGAAAAGCAGCGAGGAGGAACAGCGGAAUGAAGCGGGUGACGUGCUGACUCCGGCGCAAUUAUCGAGCUACACGGAGGCCAUGGAAGCGAGGCGAAGGCGGAACGGGUCGGAUGAGGCUGUGACGAGGGCGCUUGAGGCGGAGGCGCGGCAGUGGCGGCAACGAACCUACCAGCAGCGCGGAUUCCUCUACGAGUUCAGCGCAUACCGCAUCAGCCCCUCUCGCUUUGUCGUACUCGGUAUAAGCAGCCUCAAUUUCACGUGGCUGACGGGGGGGGAGGGCUGCCGAUGGGUGGGGCGAGACGGCAGCAGCGUGAACGGUUCAGUGUGGUACAGAGACUUCAUGCGCCCCAAAACUCAGACUGACUCGCUAGCAGCGUUCUGCCAGCUGUGGGGCAACACGUCCCAGGCGGGCGGCUAUCUGGUGAUGACCAUGGACGGCGUCGAGGCUGCUGUCCUUAAUGAGCGGCCGGGGCAGCCAUUGGUGCCCCCUACAGACGCCUCCCUCCCCGUGCACCUCACGUGGUGCUCACAGCCUCUCUACGGCACGCUAGACGCGGGCAUGGUGUGGACCUGGGCGGAGUAUCACCGCAUACACGCCAACGUCUCCCGCUUCAUCUUCUAUGACAUGGCUGCGUGGACUCCUGCCCUCUCUGCACUCUUCGCGCCGUACUUUGCUGCCGGCAUGGCUGCUGUCACGGACAUGGCGAGAGGAAGGCGGUUCGGGUUUCACGCGGGGGAGGGGGCGCUGAGCUUCAUUACCAAGCACCAGACGCUAGCAGGCAACGACUGCAUAUACCGGUCGCUCUUCACCUCCCGCUGGGUCACACUACACGACACCGACGAGUACCUCUCGCCCGCACCCCCCCACUCCCUGCACUCGCUGCUCGCCGCCCACGCCCACGCCCCCUGGCUCUCCCAUGGAGCACUUGUCGUCGACCCGUCCGUAUGUGAAGGGGAAGGGGCGGGGGAGCAGGCUCCUGCUGCUGCUGCAGUGGCGCCUGGUGGGGGUGCUGCAGUGGCGCCUGGUGGGGGUGCUGCAGUGGCGCCUGGUGGGGGUGCUGCAGUGGAGGUUAAUGGUACCGGCGCGGCAGGAAGCGGCAGGCAGGGCGGUGAGAGGCCGUGGGAUGAGGCUGGCGUGGCAGAGGCGAAGAGGCGCGCAGUUGAGGUGCUGUCCCGGAUGGUGUUCCGGCGACCAGACGUGUGGUGCAUGCGCGACGGGGCAGAGGGGCAGCAGAUCGAUGGGGACCUCUGUGAAGACUGGCGGGGCCACCGCAAGCUGAUUCUCAACCCGCGCAAGACCGAAGUCAUGUCCAUCCACAUGGCCCGAGAGCCUCAGAAGGGCGGCGUGGUGCUGAACGCAGCAACGGAGUUGCGGCACUUCCAUUUGCCCGGAGUGGUCAACCCGGUCAACGCGCAAUGCCAAACCAUUGUGCCGCCCGGGGGGUCCACCGGGUGGCAUGUGAGGGACACCACUGUUGCUGACAAGCUGCGGCUACUAGCUAACGCGUCGGCACCGCAGCCUCAACCUUAA